AAGCAAAUGAUGCACAGGAUAUCAGCAGAAGAUCAGUUGAAAUUUCAAUGUACACUGUCCAUGCAGAUUAUAUUUUUGUUAAAGUGCCGGGGAAGUGGCAAUUUGACUAACACAUUUUAAAACAUUGAUUCGUUGCAUGACAAACGAAGCGGCCUGUUGAAUUCACAAUUUUAAUAUUAAUAUUAUGGUGAACAACAUGGCGGUGAGUUACUAGCAAUUCUUAGUAUCAUGUUGUAUCCCAUACUCUUUAUCUUAAAAUGUGGGUUCCAGUUCUAAUUUAUGAUCAUUAUGAAUUAUUUUAAACUAAUCUUAUGAACAUUAAUGUUAACCAGUAAAAAAUAUGAAUGAAACAUUUAUGACGAAGUGUCACAAAGGUAAUAUAUACAUUUAUUAUACCAAAAAACUAAAAAAGAUGUAAACUCCGAGCCGGUAACCGGUUUGACAAAGUUAAUGUCCACAUCAUAAUUUAUUAGAAUUUAACAUAAGGCUUUAAAAUGUUCCUAUUGUUAUUUAAUUAUGUAUCUCCAUAAAUAACUAAAUACAUUUAAGUGCAAAAAUAUAAUAACAAUGAUUUGAUACUGCAACUGCAGGUCUACAAUCAAAAUGGUGAUUUUAAAUAUUUAUUUGGGCUUUGGGUAUGUGAUGCCUAUGCAUAUUAUGCGAUGGGUAAUACGCAAAGCAAAGCAUCCUAGUUCUAGACUAGGAAUGCUAUGGCAUGGGUAGAUGGCAAUGUUUCUGUCUACACAAUUUUAUUGUUGGCUAUCACUGAGAUGCGAAAAAACCUAAGAUGAAGAUUGAAAUUGAAGUGAGAGAACAAUGCGCAGUCUCAGCUUUGUUUAUUUUGUGUGUUAAUACCCAUACUGAGCUCUGAGAAGGUGCAAUUAUUUUUAGGGCUGCUUUGUAGGGCUCAGCUCGCUCCAUCCAGUCACUUCGAUUUAUAUUUAUAUAUUAUUAUAGUUAGAAUGUUAGAAUAGCAGUAUUACUAUUACUUUGCCUAAAAAAGUAAGUAGCCUAAAGUGCUAGGCCUAGUCCUAUAGUUAGUAUAUUAUAUAAAUUUAAAAGCAACACAAUCUCAUUCAUGAUUAGCCCUAAUUAACAGUAUUUAACUAUAAUUCUUAAUAAAAAAAUAAGGUGAAUGUUGGUUUGACGCGUCGCUUUUUUCCCAUGGUCGUCAACUUGGUUGUCAUGAUGGCCGCCCAAAAAAAGGAGGAGUGCAAACACACGACUGGUAAAAUGGGGAGGGGAAAGAGAGAAUGUGUUGUUUUAGCUACUUACAGAGAGAAAUGAAGAAAAAUAGGAACAAAACAUUAAAAUUUAAUGAAAUAUUUUCAGCUGGUACAUUAAUUUCGUUGCAAAAGUAGCAACUUUAUUGUAUUCCUCUGGAUAUGCAGCAAGUAUCAAUGACCUCCGGUCGCUCCCUUCCCUCAACCAAAACACAUGUACACUGUGGUGAGAAAGUGAAAAAGAUAAGUUCAACUCUAGUAACAAUCCAAGAAUAAACAAAAGGGAGAGAAUUCUACACAGAAAAUCAAAGUGGUGCACUGAACCAACAUAGACAAAAAUAAUUUAGAGCCUAGUUAAUUCAUUUGAAAACAUAACAAUAAAUUAUAUUUUAAUAACUAUGUAGAGCUAGUAAGCUAUAUUUUUAUUUAAAUUCUGUCUUGUUAUUAAUUAUUUAAUUAAUUACUCUCCUUUUCCAACAAUAUUGGACACUUGAAAUUAAAUAAACCAUUUGAACUAUAAGGGAAUACUCGGAAUAAUCAGAACAUGCCUAAAAUAACAUGAACAAGUAAUUUGAGGGGAACAGGGUUGCAUAACGUCAGACAAUUGGAUAGGUCAGUGUUAUUAACAAAGACUUUUGGGUAAACGCAUGAAAAUAAUUCAUAUAGUGAGUUUACAAAUGAAAAGACUACCACUACCUGUACCUUUUCAGGUCUUAUGAACUCCAUUGAUUUAGUCGGUACAGAUGGCUAUGCUAUGUCUAAAAAUUUGUCAAUAUACUGCCUCUCGCAGUCACACUUUUAUCAUAAGAUAACAUUUGAUCGCCACUUCUCCCAGUCUGCCACUCAAUUUCUCCAUGUCCUUUCCGAAAAUCUCCUUGUAGGUCGUUUCUUUUUCUACUGAAAAUUGUAUUGCAGCUUAGCUAAGUGCCAAACUGUGGAAGAAUAGAAUAUGCCCUGCAAAGCCAUUCUAUGAACGGCAACUUUCUUUUUUAGGUUUCUUUAUAGUGCUUAGAAAUAAUGAUGUGCUGCUCCUUCUUCUGACUUCCUUAUUCACCCAAUUGAGAAGGGACUCCAAUAAUUUUCAGCAAGCUUUUUUGGGGCCUUUCUUCUUCAUCGUCCUACAUGAUUCACUGGCAUUUAAGAGAGUAGGAAUGAUGUUGCUGGUGUUGGACAAAGUUUUACAUUGAAAAGAAGCCUGUUCCUCUGUUAAUUAUUGCUCCACUGUCUCCAAAUUUUAUGGAUGUUAAAAUAUGUCUGUUCAAACUAUUCAUUUUCUUCGCAAGUGGACAUUGUGCCACUAUUCGAAAGGAUUUUCCGAAUUGUGAAAUAGCAAAAUCAAUGAGCUUAGGGGAAACCAAAAUUAUGUACAUGUAAUGAUUUGGCAUUGCCCCUUAUUUUACUUCCUUGCUGGGCCAUAUUUAAAAAAAAUGCAAUAAAAAAUAAGUAUGAAUUUCCGAAAUCAUCUAAUUGACAUUAGAUCUUGUGGACUUCAUAUACUGCACAAAGUUUCAAGGCAGCUAUUGAUUCUACUCAUAGUGGAGUAUCCCAGGUUUUGUCGGCACUGCACACUCUUUUUAAGGACACUCCAGCUUGCAGGGAAGAUUAUGAAAAAAUAACAGGACAGUUUAUGUAUUCCCUGAACUUCUGCUCCCAUCGUUGGGUCAAGAAUGCAGCAGCAUGACAGAGGGCUUUGGAUAUAUUUCUCUUUAUGUUGGAAUAUGUCGCAAAAGUAGAAAAAUGGGAAUUGAAGAAUCCAUCGACCAAGUCUUAUGAAAUAGUUAGAGACUGGAUCAAUAACCCUAUAUUAAGGACUAGACUUGCCUUUAUAAUAAGUAUUGCAAGACCUAGAGAACGUUUCUUUACUAUAUAUCAAGGUGAGAAGCCAAUGUUGCCUUUCAUGGCAAAAGAUUUAGAAAAACUUUUGAGAGGGCUUAUGUCUCGUUUUAUACAACCCAAAACAAAUGAAGCAAAUACUGUUGAAAAAUUACUCAAAGUUGAAAGGAAAUCAGAUAAAGUAUUAAAAAAUUAUUCAGGAAUUGAGAUUGGUUUUGUUGCCGAAGGGCUUCUCAAGGAAGCAAAAGUAAAGAAAUAAUUAGUGAUAAAGGAGUUUUGGAACUUAAAUUGCAGUACAGAGAGAUGAUUGCGAUUCUAAUAGAAAAAGUAACAGUAAAGUCUCCCCUAAAUUAUAAUUUAGCUAGACACGAGUUGCCUGGACCCAGAACAAAUUUGCAGCAAAGAAAUUGACUAUAACCUGUCUAAAUUUAGACAUGUCCUUAACAUUUUAGUGUCUCUUAAAAGAGCACAUUUAAAUGAAUGUGAUGAAAUACUUUCUGUAUUUAGAGUCUUCCUGGAGUGUAACAGGCAAUUCCAGGAAAUGGCAACAUUUAGUAAGGCUGAAGGAAGACUUGAUUGCCUGUGUUAUUCAUUAUUUUCAGUGAACCGGGAUAACAUAUCUGAGAAGGUUUUUAGUAAGCAAACACAUUAUAAAAUACCAUCUUGAACAUGUGGGAGGCCUUGUUAGUAUUUUUGUGACCAAAGAACUUCAGGCUGCCACUCAAUAAGGAAGAAAGCUUUACAGUGAAUAUUUAGAUAGCAAAAAAAACUGAGGAAGAGAAGAGGCAAAAGUCUUCAAAAAGAAAGUUGAUAGAGACCGAUAUAGAUGGAUUGAAAUUUAAAAAAUACAAGCUGGAGCUAGAGAUUGAAUUUUUCUCCGAAGAUGCAGACAAAACUGCAGAGAAAGCUGAGACUUUGCAAAGCUUUCCUCAUCUUUCUAAAGCAAAUGCUAUGAGAGUGAAGGCAAAAGAAAAUUUGCAAAGGCUCACUAAUAUCAAUGUUGAGAUUGAGGACAAGAUGAAGUUUUUAGGAAACCUUUAAUAUAAUCACUUGCAAUUAAUCAUCCUCCAUAAAAAAUUGAAUUGUUAACAUAUUUUUCAUCUCGUAUUUAUUUUAGUGUGUACCAUUUCAUUUUUUUGAAAUAUUCUCAUUUCAUUUUAACAUGUCCACAUUAAUAGUUGUUUAAAUAAUUAUUAAAGUAUACAUGCAUUGAAUUAUGCAAAAUGCUAUAUAUUUUUUAUGAUAUUAUGGAUGUAUUACUACUGUAUUAUUGAGUCCAGGCAUUGUAAAUUUAAUGGUUAGUAAAGAUAUUAUUAUAUUAUAUUGUUUUGUAAAGUUUGUUUAUUUUAUUAUUGAUAGCAUUAUGUUUUAAAUCAUGUACCAGGAUUAUGAAUUUAAAUUUUUAACGAAAUAGCUUGAAAAUCUGUAGCAAUAAUGUUGACAAAGCUAAAUUUUACAUAGUCAGGGAUAUUCAUUUUUCAGUUGGGGAAAAGUAAGGAAUUUAGUUUUGAAAAAAAUGUGUGAGCCAUGGGUUAAGCAGGAACUUUAAAAAAGCUUUGACCAGGACUGAUCAGACAACCCAGAUGUUUUACAUUUUUAUCACAUUAAAAUAAAAUAUGAAAUAAAAAAUCCUUUAUUCUUUAUAUAACCACAGAACAUAAAUCCUGGUGGAAUGGGAAUGCCUAAUCCCAUGAUGCCUAGUUUUGGAAUGCCUGUAAGUAUUUUACUUAAAUAUGUUGCUCAUAGUAAAUAGUAAAUAGUAAUUAUUUGUAAUUUUAAAUUCAUGACAGGACAGAAGUCAUACAAAUGUUUCCAUAACAACUUGAAAACUGAAAUAAACAAUGCGAUCUUUUAUAAAGAGCAAGGGUUAAAAUGAUUCUCCAUCUUUUUAGAUAGAUGGCUACUCCACACUGACUCAUUAACUGUACUCAAAAUUUUGAUUGGUUGCAAUGGUGCAGUAUUUUCUCAUGAGGUGCUUGGGGCUGCUCCAUUAGACUAAAACUUGGAUAAUCGGGACAGUCCUAAAAUCAUUUGAAAAAAAACCAAUAUUCUUACACCCUGAAUCAGAUAAUAAAGUGUACAUAUGAGCCUCGCAAAUCAAGCGCUUUCAUUUGAUGUUUGAUGCAGUACUGCUGGAAGAGGUGGUUGUAUAAAAAUCAAUAAGUCUAAGAAAAUUUGUUUGCUCCCUUGCUCUCUCUUAUGCCAGUGCCCAAAGUACGUGGCUGGUCUACUGAUACGCCGCCAUCUACUUCAGGUCCCUGCGAUGUUCAGUGGAUAGGUCAUGCCCCUGAUUUUAAUCAAAAUUCUUUGUAAAAAAAGAGCAACUGAUACACGUUAUAUUUAGGGUUCCUAAUUUGUAGUAUUUGUUUAUAAAAAUAUCCUUUAUUUAGUGAAUAUUGUUUUGUUCUUGACAUUUUUGUAAUUUUGGCUAAGAAAAUUAUGCUGAUGUUUUGACAUCCAAUUAUCUUCAAACAUCAUUAAUUGAAUCCCCAUGUAGUCAACUUUAAAAGAAUAUUAAUUUUUGUGAUUAUAAGUACAAUGCUCUUAUUAACAAAGCGUUUGGAAGUUUUGAUUCCGAAAAAAAAAAAUAAUUUUUUUUUCCCUUUAUUUUGAUAGGUGUCAUAGUAUAAUGUUGAUUUACAUAUAGGUAACAGUACUUCGGGUAAUUUAUUAAUCGUAUUUUACAAAAAAAAAAUUUUCUUUUGCAGGUUGCAGGUGGAGUUUUACCACCAGCAUUGCCCCCACAGCCGUAUAAUGCACCUGUAAUAGAUCCUGUAACAGGUAUGAUCUGUGCACUUUGGUCUAGGGUUGCACAGAUUAAUCAGCAUAUAAUAUAUAAUGGGGGCAUAAUCAAUGAUUUUAUUGAUUGAUUAGUUUCAGCUUUUUUGAACAGAUAAAUUAGUUAAUUGGCUUUACGGCAUCAGAAAAAAUUCUACCUAAUUGUUAAAUAUACAUCUAGAUAGCUUAUUUGACUCUUUGAUGUUUUUAACAAUUAUUUUUAUCAAAUAUGUUCCAAGUUUGAAAUGUGUGCUAUCACAUCUUUUUUCAUUAGUUGAUAAGUUUUUUUGACAUAAUGAUAUGGCCAACACCAGCUUUUAAAAGAAAAAUUCUCUGUGCUGUUAUAGCUUGAGAUGGCAAAACCUAUUCUUAACAUUUUGUAUAGUUAUAUCUUAGGGUUUUUAGGAUGUCUCAAACCACAUUAGUGUGACAUGCCAUGGGCUAGUUAUUCUGCACAUUACAGACUAAGAUUGUAAUUUAAUGUAUAUAUUUUGUGUUCAUUUAAAAAACUUGCGGGUAACUUGCUUUCUUUAUGUUGAAGAUCAGAGGCUUGUUUUCCUGGUCCAGUUUCAAGGGUCAAAUGUUUGAAAAUCAAAUGAUCAACUAAAUACUGUUUCUUCUUCCAACUAUCAUAAUAAAUGUUACUCUUUCUCUACUCAUCCAUCGAUGUGGCUCUACAGCCCAUGUAGCCCUUUUUGGCCUGCCUCACCACUUCCUUCCACUCAGAUACCAGCUUCUGUAGAUCUUUUUCCACAUCAUCCGUCCACCCAAGCCUUUGAGCCGUUUUCCUGUGGAUUUUUGGUUACAUAUCCUUUUCAAAUCUCAGUCAUUUGGCAUACUUUCUAAGUUUCCUGCCCAGUGUAGCCUACCCUUUUUUUUAAAUUUCUGCUACUGUUACUCUCUCUCUCUGUGCCCAAAAUAGCAGCUCUAUAACUGUGAUUAAAUAUAUAUUUAAAUAACUAAAUACGGUACAGAGCACAAUAGAUUAAAUCAGGCCUGCACAACAUACGGCCCGCGAGGUAUCGAAAAACUCGUUAUUCUUAUUAUUUUCUUAAUACCCCCCCCAAUUAUCUUUUUGGUUUUUGCCCCCGCGCACGUUUUUCAUAAUGCAUUACGGCCCGCCUUACAUUUUGAGUUGUGCAGGCCUGCAUUAAAUAAUCAAGAAAUUAAUUCAGCAUUAGCUGAGGUACAAAUUGAUUGGCGAGUUUUCUUAAUAGUGCAGCCUUAAUUAUACCAAUUAAAAAAUCAAAUGAUUAUACAAAUAUUAAGUAAUUGGUGUGUCUUGUUUUAUUCUUUUGAUGACCAAAAUGGCGCAUAUAAUUUUUAAGGUAAUGUAUUAGAAGCAAAAUGUAUUUAUUUGUAAGCUAGAUUAAAAUUAAAUUAACCACUAUCUAUUCACGCAAAGCACAAAAAAUAUUUAACAAUAAUUUAUUGGGGGCCAUGUUCUUACUCAUGAAAAGAAAGCUUCUUUGUAUAUUUUAACAACCAUGAAGGAAAAGAACUCUUCAGAUCUCAUAAAUACUGAAGUUAUUAUUUACAGGUUUUCAUGCCUCACCUCUUUAUAAUGCUUCACCUUUGGCGACCUUUCCUCCCAAUCCUGUUACUAUUCCAACUCCUAUGGGAGUUCCUCCGCAGAUGUUUCCAGGUCAAUUCAUUAUUUUUUUUUCAUUAUCUCUAUAUCUUUUAAUGUCAUAUCUACAACGCUACUAACGUGUUACUAAAGUAAUUAAAAUGUCAACAAAUAAAGUUUUUGGAAGAAAUGGAAAAUUAAAAAAACAUUUAAAAAAACAGUUUUUUAAAACUAAUUUUAAUGUACUAAAUAAAAAAGUUAAAAAUUCUUGUAGUCAUAAUAUACAUAUAUAUAUCUUUAUGUUCAUUGUCUUUUUUCUUGUGUUAACAGGUGGAGACAAGCAAAUGUUAAGUUCUCCUGGACAAGAAAGGGUAUGUUAGAUAGCUUUAAGAUUAUUAUCAUUUGAAAGCUGUUAAAAAUUGUUUAAAACUAUUUCUAGUUUUUAAUUACGAGAAAAGUAUUUUUUUAAAUACAGGAUUUUCAGUCUAUCGAGAUACAGUAUUUUAAAAUAAUGUUUUCAUUUAAUAAAAAUAUACUAAGAUUCUCAUGCUUUUAUCUUACUGAUGUUCUUCAGAAAACUGCUUGGGGUGAACACAAGGCACCAGAUGGGCGAACCUAUUACUACAACAGUGUAACUAAAGAGUCUAGUUGGGAAAAACCAGAAGACUUAAAGACUCCUCAAGAGGUAGAGUUAACUAUUAUAUUAAUUUAAUCAAAUAUUUAUAGACUUAAAGCUGAAUAAAUGUUCCCAGAUGUAGACUAACAGCUAAAGUAUAUUAAGAGUAGAAUAAGUGUUUCUGCUUAUCAUCGUCUCUAACACAGGAAUUAUAUUUGCCCAUUUUCUCCUUUGUGUUUUAAAUUUCACUGCAAGAUCGUAGUAGUGUAAUGUUUUAACAUUUUGCCACAUUAAAAAGAUUUUCUAUUGUUUGUUUUAUAACUUUGUGUUGAGUCCCUGAUUUUGUUCCAUAUUUUCAGAGGCUUCUAUCUCAGUGCCCAUGGAAAGAAUACAAAUCAGAUGCUGGAAAAGUGUAUUAUCAUAAUGCUGUAACUAAAGAAAGCAGAUGGACAAAACCCAAAGAAUUGGAAGAACUUGAAGGUUGGAGCUGACAAUAUUCUGGCAGAUUUUUACAAAAAUGACAUGAAUUGACUUUGGAGAAAAUGUGGAAUGACAGCAAAGCAUACAACUAUCUGAUUAGCAGCUUUGUCCUUGUACCUAUUUUAUUAUGAUUGACGAAAUUUCCUCUUUUUUUUUAUACAGUUUAUUUUGAUCUCUGUUAAUGUUUAUCUUUUGAAAUUAACAUCAGUGUAUAUUUUACCUUUCAGCACUUAUAGUGGCUAGUACACCAGUGCAACCGUAAGUACUUUUUUUUUCAAUAAAUGUUCACUUUUCUACAAAAUAUUCAUGUCUUCUUACUUACUAUUAAAAAUUUAUGUUUUACAAUUUUAAUUGAUCAUUAGUCUUUAUUACCACAGGCCAUCCAAUAGUCCUUCAUCGAUAAGGUCUGAACCUUCUUCAGCCAUUGAGCAGGCAAUGCAAGCUACAUUAGCCUCUAUUGAAUUACCUCCUCCUCCCACAGUAGCAGCACCUGUUCAACAAAUGCCUGAUGCUCCAACUGAACCAGCGUGAGUUUAUAGAAAAUUUUAAAUGAAUGGCUUAUAUUAACAGUUAUUAAAGGGGCAUUGCCUCGUUGGUGGCGCUGAAAGGCAUGAUGGAUUAAGGUUUGUGGGAGAUNGUUGGGGGGGGGGUGGGGGGGGGGGGGGGUUUGCAGGGUCUUGUAAUACCUUGAAUAGGUGGGGGGGGGGGUAAAGAAAAGGAAAUAAAAUAGUGACAUAUGUCUUAAUCAAGUCGUUUCCAAAAUGUAUGCCGUGGUGCCCUAGGUACUGUGGGGAAAAUAUGAAUUUUGCUUCCAAUGGAAUUUUCUCUCGAUGUUUGACAUUAAAUUUUAAGAACAUUUUUAACCUAGUUUGGUUAUUUUCAAUAAGAUAAAUAAUAUUUAUUUGCACUAAUUCAUUUAUCUGAAUUUAUUGCUGCAGAAGAGAAUCUUAUUGAGUUGUCUUGUGACAAUAUGUAAAAAAAUUUUUUUUCAAAUUUAGCAGCAUGGAAUUAACUGAAUGUCUGAUAUCAAUAAAAGAUGAAUAUCUCCAUCUGUGGUGAACAUGAAAGGUUUUUAAUGCCAUUUGGCACUUCCUAUUUGUCAUAAGCAGAGAUUUUGGCAAUAACUGGGAUAAAAGUAUUGUUUUUAAAUCAAUGGAGUGAAGAAAAUGAGGUUGGCUGUAUCCAUUUUGUAUUCUUAUAUUUGAUAAACUGUUUGAUGAUCAACAUGUUUAUCUAUUCCUCUUAUUAUGUUUAAUUGAAUUUGGGCAAUUAGAUUUUUUUUGUGAUUUUUAUUUUAUAUGCAUGUUUUAUGAUUUUGCAUAACCCCUUUAAUUUAAAAAGCUAUGUGUAAUGGUGAAGCUUUUGAAAAUUUCUCCUUUGGCGAUUAAAAGACAAGUUUACUUUUACAAGCUAUUUGACUUGACCCGGUUGUGAAAUUACUUAGCUUAAAAGCUGACUUUAAAAACAUCACAUAGGAGAUUACAUAUUUAUCUGACAUUUUUGGUGAAUUCAUUAACAUGAAUUUCAUGUUGCAAGGAAAUGAGAUAAAGUCUAAUUAAAACCAUAUACUUCUUCCUUAAUUUGCUAUUAAUACUAUUAAAAUGAAAAGUUGACUGAUGCCUGCUAUGCCAAUUUAUUCAUCUUUUCUAACCAGCUAAAACAGUAGAAGAAAAUAAUAGGAUUCUUGAUGAUUACGUGAUAGUUAUCUUAACAAACUUGAAUGUGCUUCAUGAUUGAACAAUUUGAGUGUCUGCUUUUCAUGAAAGUUCCAGACUGGGGGGAUAAUAUCAAAUAAUAAAAUUGUUGGUAUAGUAGUAGAGAAGCGAAUUCAGCUAAAAUAAAAGGUUCUGAGCAGAAGCCAAACUUAUGCUAAACUUGACCAAUAAAUUUUCUAUCACUAUAUAGCACUGUUUAAGCUAAUUAAGGAAAUACUUGUUACCUUUCCAACAGUGUAUUAAGUUGAAUGUGGUUUUAAUGUGGUCUUUCAACUUUGCUCAAAGUUAAGAAUUAGAUCAUAUAUAUCUGAACAUAGUAAUUUAAGAGUUUCGGCUAAGUGACUUUAAACCAGACAUUUAAACUAGUAUCAUAUUACCCAGCCCAUUAUAUUAUAUACUAGAGAGUAUCCAGCUGCGUUGCAAUGCCACUCAAAGAAAUAAGGUGAUUGUGUUUUAAUUAAGUUUUUUGAAGUACUUUUUAUAUACACAAUAUUUUUUUUGGUUUUACCGUCUGGUGCGUACUUGAAUAAAUUAGAAGAUUUUUUGAAGCGUGAGCAGGCCACACACAGCUGUCCAUGUUCAAAAUUUAGUCAACACACUUGCAGCGAAUGAUCAACCCAUGCAAUAGCUAUGUUUGAAAUUAUAUUUAUAUAGCUCCUUUAGUACAUGUAAACAAAUUUAGGGCCCCCAGUCCCCAAACGUAAUAUUGUAAAAUGCAUGUACUGAUUCAGAAACCUACUUAUUAUGUCACAUACAAACUGAAAUGUCACAGUUUGUAUUUGAUUAAAUUCCACCCACCCAAGCUAUAGCUCUGUUUGAAAUAAUAUUUACAUAGCUCAUAUAAGAAAAGAAAAGGAAUUGAUGGCCCCCGGCCCCCACCGAAUAUUGUAAAAUAUUUGUAGAGCUCAUAAUAUAUAAAACAAAUUUAAACAAAUUUAGGGCCCCCGACCCCCAAACGGAAUAUUGUAUAAUGGUUAUACUAAUUCAGAAACCUACUUAUUAUGUCACACACAAAUUGAAAUGUCGCUAUUUGUAUUUGAUAACAAGUCCAUCCACCAAUGCAUUAGUUCAUUUUUAUAUUAUAUUUAUAUAACUCAUAUAAGAAAAAACGAAGUAAGGGCCACUGGCCCAAUACUGAAUGUUUUAAAAUGGUUGUUCUAAUUUAGAGACCUUUGCGGGCGGGCGAUAAUGAAUUCACCAAAGUUUUAUCGCAAUGGGAUGAAUGGUAUAGAAAUGCAUGCGGAAAUUAUAUUUAUAUAGCUAAUAUAAGGAGGGGGAAAACGAAUUUAGGGCCCCCGGCCACAAUAUUGUAGAAUGGUUGUAUUACUUUAGAAACCUGCUUAUUAUGUUUAAAAUUCUAUCCACCCAUACAUUAGCUCUGUUUGAAAUUAUAUUUCAAUAGCUCAUAUAAGAAAAAAAACGAAUUUGGGCUCAAAAUGUAAUAUUUUAAAAUGGUUGUAAUAAUUCAGAAACCUUUUCGGGCGUGCGCACAAAAACUCGACAAUGUUUUGUCGCAUAGAUGGUAUAGGAGCACAUAGGGAAAUUAUUUUUACAUAGCUUAUGUAAGAAGAAAAGACGAAUUUAGGCCCAAAACGAAUUAUGUUAAAAGGGUUGUAAUGACUUAUAAAAAUGUGCGGACUUGUGUACAAAAACUCACCAAAGUUUUAUAUCAUGAAUGGUAUGUGGGCAUACGGUUUGAAAUUAUAUUUAUAUAGCUCAUAUAAGAAAAAAUGAACAUAGGGCCCCUUGCUCAAAACGGAAAAUUUUAAAAUUGUUAUAAUAAUUCAAAAACCUCUGCGGCCAUGCGAACAGUAUCUCUCCUAAGUUUUAUCGCAUUCGGAUAAGUGGUUUAGGAGUGCAUAUGGAAAUUAUAUUUUACAAAGCUCAUAUAAAAGACGAAUUUUGGGCCACCGGCCCAAAAAGGAAUAUUUCAAAAGGGUUGUAAUGACUCAGAAAAAUGCCUGGACUUGUGCUCAAAAACUCACAAAAGUUUUAUCCAAUCCCAUGAAUGGUGUAGGAGUGCAUAUGGGAAUACAUAGAUACAUAUAGACAUUCAUUUUUAUAUAUAUAUAGAUGAUUAAUUUUUUUUAAAUUCUAUAAAAAAAGAAUCCAAAAUUUGACAGGAUAUCUGUUGAGUAUGUUAAAUCUUGAGAAAGGCUGCUGUCUUAUGAUACUGAUGUUUCAAACAUUUUUUUAACAUAUCCGUCAUCUAUUUAUCACACAGAAUAGAAGAGAAAGAAGAGCCGCAAAAGAAGGAAGUUUAUGUUUUUAAAAAUAAGAAGGAGGCCAUUGAAGCUUUUAAAUGUUUGCUCAAGGAAAAGGUAAAUGUAGUUUUAUGUCUCUUAUAUACUAAUUUAUUGUAAGUAAAUGUUAUGUCACUUAAAUUAUUUAGAGUAUUGACUAAAGAGCUGAAGUUAAUCAAUAUCUUAAGCUGAAAAUAUUUUUUCUUGUCUAAUUUGAACCCCAUUUCUUUUAUCUGUAUUUUUAAGUUAGAAAUUUAUGUUCAUUUCUCUAGGAAGUGCCGUCAACUGCAAGUUGGGAAAGUGCUAUGAAGUUGAUUAUCAAUGAUGCCCGAUAUGGUGCAUUAAAACAUCUCAAUGAAAAGAAGCAGGCUUUUAAUGAAUAUAAGACUCAAAGAGCUAAGGAAGAAAAGGUGAAUAAGUUAACCAAUAAGUUAACCUUUUUCUUUCAUUAAUUUUUUUUUUUUUAAAAACUGACUUGUGUUAGAAUAUCUGAAUUUAUUUUAUUUUAUAUAAAAAUAAAACUAAUUAGUACUUACAUUAUAUGAUUCAGUAAUGGAAAAGAGUAAUUAUACCCUCAAAAUUUAUUACUAUAGGAAGAACAGCGUUUGCGAGCUAAACAAGCUAAAGAAGAUUUGGAGCAGUUCUUAAUGAAUAGUGAAAAGAUGAACUCGUCCAUCAAGUAUUGGUCAGUUGUUAUUUUCUGUUGUUUCAUAAUACGUUGACAUCAUAUGAAUAGUUUUUGUGAAGUUGUUUUCAAACCCUUAUAUUAAUGAACAUAUAAUAAUUAAAGGACUGCAUUCAAGCCUAAUAAAUGAAAUAGCAAAGCAAGGUAUGUGGAAGCUUGAAUUAGAGAAAAGGACAAAAAGAUCUGGAUGUUUCGGCAUAGAGCACACAGGACAAAUAAAGAUAUCACAAAGAACAGAGCACAGUAAACCAGUGAUUGAGAUAAAUUGUUAGAUGUUUUGUAAUUGUUAAAGUUUCAGAAAAGUGUUACAAAUUAAAUAUUAAUGAAUACCAGCCAACAAACAAAAAUUAUGGACAUUUUCAUGGAUUCAGUAGUUCAGUAUUGUGGUAACACUUAAGUGAUCACAAAAUUUAAAAAAAAUAUGAAAAAAAUAAUUGCUUCAUUACUUAGAUAUUCUCAAAAUGUUUUUGAAAGAGAAAUGACAUUUAACCUCAUACGGAAAUAUUAAAUUAUCAUUUUAGUUUACUUUUUACAAAUUUUAAAAAUUUGUUUCUAGGAAAGCAGACACUAUCUUCGGUGAAGAGGAAGCCUGGAAAAAUGUUUCUGAAAGAGAUAGGAGAGAUUUAUUUGAUGAUGUGGUGCACCUUAUUGCGAAAAGAGAAAAGGUAAUUAUUUUUAUAAACUAAACUAAACCGUUCCUUGUUUCUCUAUUUAAAUUUCUAUUUGUGAUGUAAAGCAACAUUUUAAAUGUUUCUUCUUGUUAAUAUUUUAUGCCACUCUGAUCAACAUGUGCACUUUUCUUAAUUAACAUAUACUUGCCAUGUUUUAAUAGUUUCUUAAACUGGGGUUCCAGGAGGAAGCUAAAGUCUUACGUAAACGAAAUAUCAAAGUGUUUUCUGAGAUUCUGGACAGCAUGCCUAAUCUUACUCAUACAACUACUUGGUCAGAGGCUCAGCAAAUGUUGCUAGAUAAUCCUAGAUUCACUGAAGAUCCAGAUUUAGAAAGUAAGUAAAUUUAUUUUUAUAAUAUAUAUUUUUACCCAUAUUACAGGUAUAUUAAUUUAUUUGAUUGUAAAAGAUAUGCACAAUUUUAAAUUCAUCUCAUCCCAUGGGCCAAAAUAUUAUUUUUACAGCGAAGCCAAGAUCUGCAAAACAUCUCAAAAUAAAGAUUUUUUUUAAUUUUUAGAAAAUUUAUAUGUAAAUACUUCUUACCUUAUCCAUAUAUCCCAGAGCAUUAUCUGCUCAUCAAGAAUUUUAAUAAAGUGAAUAAAAACUGUAGCGCCUCUUUAAUGAUAUGCUUGGCUGGGAAUUGUCCUUGCAAUUUUUUAAAUUUGAGGUAGUUUUAAGCAGCACCUAACCUCAUUAGAUUUUCUAAAUGUUCACCAGACAAAAUGUUACAUUUUUUGGACUUUUAUUAUGUUGGUCAUUACAAAAAAUUCAGCUUCACUGACGUAGGUGCUUCCAAAAACAUGAUAAUAAUUUUUUUACAUUUCCAUAUUUGUGGAAAUUCAUGAGAUAAAACAUGUCAUCUAUAAUUCAUUUGGACAUGCAUUCUUAUGUUCGUUAAAUAAAAAAUACUUUUAAGAAUCAUUUCUACUGUCUCUCACAUUAACUCCCCAAUUGAAUGGCUCUAACUAAAAUUUUAGUACUCCCACUCCCAUCUAGAUUACCGGUACUCUUACCAGAAAACUUUCCUGUCAUUAUUAUCAUCCUUCAAGGUGCAGACGUUAACUCGCAGUGCUCACCUGUUUAGCUACUUUUGGUUUCCCAAUUUAUCUUUCUCAACGAAGUUAGUGAUUAUGCCCAACACCCUGUGACGCCUUCCCUGUUGAAGCAACAGAAGGAAGGAGAAGAUGUGCUUAAGAUAAAUUACUGCUACUUGUCAAGACAACCCACACCUUAGCUUUUGUGACCUUGCCCUUUUGUAUGUUACAACUUCUCCUGCGCUCUCAUGCGAUUUCCCAACAAUACUGAAUCAACAGUUGUUUUAAAAUAUUUUCACCAGAAAAUGUUAUUUUUUUUACACACAUAAAAAUUUCUGAAGCUCUUACUGACCAUUUAAAAUAAGUUUGUUGGCUGGGGGGUUGGACAGAACCGUCCCGCAGUAAUCAGAAAUUAAAAAAAAAAAUUAAUAGUGGAAAAGAAAGAAUGAAUUGAAAAACUAAAUGAAUGUUUUCAUGAUUUUAAAUUUAGAUAUGGACAAGGAAGACGCUCUUGUUUGUUUUGAAGAACAUAUUCGAAUGCUGGAGCAAGAGAACGAUGAUGAAAAAGAAAGAGAGAGGAGAAGAAUAAAGAGAAACCAGAGAAAAAACAGAGAGAGUUUUAUUGUAAGCCCUAAGCAGUGUUUGAGAUAAAUUGUUAGAUGUUUUUAAUUGUUAAAGUUUCAGAAAAAGUGUUAAAAAUUAAAUAUUGCAAUGGGGAAAAUUAUACAUGAGUAUGUCAGACAAGCUAGAAAUAAUUAUAUUUGUUUUGUUACUCAGAAUAUAAUACAUCAAUGUGUUUAAUAAUAAAACACAAUUCUAUUAUUGUAACUAGCAGCUUUAUAUGCUUUUUGCUGAUAAUUAUUGGAAAAUUAAAGUGUAUUUUUGCAAUAACUUCCUAUUUUCUACUAACUGUUUAUUUAGGUAUUACUAGAUGAACUUCACCAUCAAGGCAAGCUGAACUCCAUGUCUCUUUGGAUGGACCUUUUCCCAAUCAUCAGCCAGGACAUGAGGUUUGGGAAUAUGCUGGGUCAGCCUGGCUCUACUCCAUUAGAUUUGUUCAAAUUUUAUGUGGAGGAUCUUAAGUCUCGGUUUCAUGAUGAAAAGAAAAUUGUCAAAGAAAUCCUUAAGGUAAACACAUUUUAAUAAAGGUACUUAAUUGUCUUUUGAGGAUAUAAAAGAUAUGUUAGCCAGAUUGAAUUUUUAAUAUAUUUUAUAUUUUCUGUUUUGAAGCCAGAAUUAUUUAAUUAUAUUUAAUUUUUCGUACACAGGACAAAGGAUUCUACAUUGAAAUUUCAACAACAUAUGAGAGUUUCAGUAAUGCCAUCUUGAGUGAUAGGCGCUCAGCUAAUCUUGAUAGUGGAAACAUAAAACUUACAUAUAAUAGCGUAAGUAAAGUGAAAGUCAAAUUUUAGACAAAGCAAUACAUUUCAAUUUAUCUGUUAUUGAUGAGGAGCAUUUUAUUCUUUCAUACAUUAAAUUUACUUCCCUUUGUAAAUCUUCAUUUUAAAACAAUUCAGCAUAUAAAAUGUCUUUUUCUUCUUUCUUUAUCUAGUUGUUAGAAAAGGCUGAGGCAAGAGAGAAAGAGAGACUAAAGGAGGAAGCCAGAAGGGUUUGUUUGUUCACAUAAUCUUACGCUACUCUUUGUUGAAUUUUUUAAAACGACUUAUUGGAAUAAUUCAUUUGACAUUAAUAUUAUAGGACUUCCCAAUUAUUAUUAAUGUAUUUAUAAACUGUUGGAAUAUGAAAAUAUUUUGCUUUAUCAAAAUUUGAUUGCUGGCAUUUUUUCGUGAUCAAAACUUCAUUUACCUGUACGGUACUUUAUAAAUUAGUAGCUGUUGUUCAAUCACAAAUAAUUACUUUGCCUUGAAAUAUUUCGUUAUCAUUUUUCUGCAGCUCAAGAAACUAGAAUCUGCAUUCAAAACUUUAUUGGCUAAACAUAAUAUAGAUUUAGACACAAAAUGGGAUGAUGUAAGUUUACCAGUUGUAGCUUUAUUAUUAUUUUUGAUGAAAUCUGACUUUAUACAAUUUUUAAAUUAUUGCUUGCUAAACAAAUAUUUUCAUAUCAAAAUUUGUCUGGUAAAAUGUAUAAUAUAUAGUCAAUGAAGAAACUCUUGGCUGCUACGUUUGUUUUUUUUUUGGCCAUUAAAUGGAUAAUUAAAAAUAAAUGCAUAUGGAUUUGUGUUCAGAUUCGACCUAAAAUAGAACAUGACCAAGCAUUUGAAAACAUUACCCUGGAAGCGGAGAGAAUUAGGCUUUUCAAAGAGCAUUUGAUAGCCAUUGAAGAAACCUGUUCUCACUACCAUCCAAAGAAGAAAAAAUCAAAGAAACAUAAGUCAAGGCGAUCAAGGUCUCGAUCACACUCGGUAAAGUUGAAUUCUUAGUGAUGUCCUAAACCCUUUAUUAAGGGCCUUAAUGACUUUUAAGAACAAAUUAUUAGCUAUACCCAUAAUGUAAUAAGGUCCCAUAAUUUUUAAUUCUCUGAUUAUAAAUCAAGAAAUUUAUUUUAUGGUAAUUUUUUUCCCACUUAAUUAAUUAGUUCUUUGAAUUUCUGUUGUAGUCUGAAUCUGAAGAAGAUGGACGCCACCGAUCAUCAAAAAAGAAAAAGCGUUAUUCUGCUUCUCGGUCACCAAGCCAAGGAUCAGACUCUGGAAGAUCUCGAGGUAAAUUUUGCAUAAUUUUAACCUUACCUUAAGAUUAGACUUAAGAUGUUGAAUAAACAUUUAUUGAAUCAUUAAAAAAAGUAAAGGAGUAACUUUUAUUCUUGUUAGAUGAUGAUGACAGGGGUUCCAAAAAACACAAAAAAAGAUCAAAGAAAAAGAAACAUACAUCAAGAUCAGUAAGUACUGGUGGCUGCAUCAGAAUUAUUUACUAUUACCAUUUUGGCAUACACUGUACAAUUAUGAGAUGACUUUUAUGGAUGUACUCCGAGACCUGUCAAAAGUACAAUUUUACGAGGCCGGGUUAAAAAAUAAAUACAAUAUUUUCUAUUGUUAGUUAUAUCUUAUUUCUAUACUGGGCUGUGAAUGGGUAAAGAAAUAUGAAGUCCAUCCAUUAUUAUUUUAUGUACGCAGUGAGAAGGGAAAAGGGGAGGGUGUGGACUGGUAAACAUAAGGGUGCCCAUGGGAGUGGUAGGGGCAGUGUCUAAUUUUGAAGUCUAUAACUUCACACUACCACAAUUCUUAUGAUCAUCAAAUUGUUGCUUUGUGUUUUCAUAAUGAAUUUGCUAGAUACAGCAACAGUAAUAUUUAGCAUAUUCACCCUAGUGACAAAUUUAUUAAACAUUCGCUUAUGUUUGCUUUGGUGUUGUAAUUAUUUCGCUCUUUGGCUGAACCAUUGUAAAAAUUAAGAAAACUAUGGAUUUACAAAAAAAUGCAUUCCCAAAUUUUCUGCACAGCAGUGUUAGAUGAUGACAGAUUUUAUAAGAUCUAGUAAGCAGCAUUUAAAAUUUAUCUAGAAGUCACUAAGCAGCUGUAGAAUUUUAAUACACCAACACUUUUAUUUCCUUCUGCUGGGGUGGGGAACCCGUGGCCAGGCAUGUUAAAUAUUGUGGCCCGUCAGAUGUAUCACAAAUGAACUUCUUUCUUCAUUUAAUUAGCAAUAUUUACAUAAAAGCACAUUUGAAACAUAAAUUUAUUGUGAUUGGUAUGUGUCAUUUCUUUGUUCCAGUCUGAACUGGACUGAUAAAAAAAAGAUAGAUGGCAAUAAAUAAUAAGUCAAUUGACUAUUCAGUAACUACUAAAAUAAAAAGUAUUUAUUUUAACUCAGCUGGGCUCAGCCUCCUUCCCAAAUCCCAGCCCCAAUUUUUUUCUGGUGACUUCAGCGGUUGUCAUCAAUUUCCACACAGCCCCCACCCACCACAUCGUCAGCUUUCAAAGUGGCAAAUGACGGGCACCUUUUUAUUUGUAAUAAUGCACUGUAUAUAAAUAUAUAAAAAUUGGUCAUCUACUUUGAGAAGUGACCUUUAUUAGACAUACAAUGCAAAUAUGUAUUAUAUGCAUAUGUUUUUUUAUUUACAUUUACAUUUACGAUUUUGAGAUUGUAAAGAACUAUUCUGAGACCAUAUUGUACUAUAUUGGGAAUUCCAGGGUAACUAGGUCUCCUGCAUAUUAAUUUUAUCAAAAUAUAUUAGUGUUUUGGUUAUAAAAUAUAGUCAUAAUAGUUUAAUUUAGUCUAUGGUUACCCUAAAUAAAAGACAGUAAAGAUUAAUACUUAAGACAAAAAAACAACCGUAGUUUGUAUUACUGUAUGAGUCAUUUUUAUGUAAUGAAAUAUUUUAGGCCUCCAGAUCAGAUGUAUCUGACGCUGAAAGAGAUCGCAGAAGCUCCUCCAAGCCCCCCAGGAAAAGAAGAGAUUCUCCUGAACAAAUAUCAAAAAGAGAUAAGGAAAGAGGUUCAAAGGUAAAUAUCUUAGCAUGACCAAUGAUUAGCAUGGCUUUCUUCUUCAUGGAAUUAAAAUAAGAUAAUGAAAUGUUACCCAUGCAAUUUGAAAUAGAGAGUAUUAAUAUUACACAAGAAACAAAUUCACGCAAUUUUUGUUGCAAGUCAUUGUUAAAAAAACAGGAAUUUUUCUAGUUUGAGAGUUGCGUUUUCAAUUUGUACAAUAUAAAAAAUAAAAUUUAAUUGAGUUAUCUACCAUUGUUAUUUUCCUUUUAAUUUAUGCAACAAAUACAACUAUUGGCAGUAUAAUAAUAUGUAAAUAAAUGCAUUUAUUUUUAAUUGCCUUUAUGUAAGAAUAUAAAAUGAAAUAUUACUGUGCCUCUUACACUUUUGUAAACACUCAGUUAUAAAUAAAAGUUGCUAGAAAUGUUUGUAUAAUGCUUUUUUCUAUUCUUUCUUUGUCCACAUGCACUUAAAUUUUUUUUCAAGUGCACCCAAUUGCCAUUUUAAAAUCUUUUUUCAAAAUUGUUAAAGUUGCAAUAAUUGAUUCUUUCAAUUUCAUUAGUGUUAUGCAAUGAAAUUCAUUAAUGUUUGAUUGUAAUGGUAUACUAGGUUAUUUACAUUAUUAGUACCGAUAUGAAGAAUGCUAAUUCUAUUGAACUCCUUAUAUUUUUUAUUAGUCAUUAUUACCAUACUGGAAAAUGAAAUAAUUACAAACUUAACACGUCUGAAUAGGAAUGUGUCUGAAAAAGGAAUUAAAAGAAAUAACUUUAUAUUUCCUGGAAUUGACUUCUUGCAUUCUAAUUGUACAAAUGUAAAACUGUUUUUCUAUUCAUGUUUUUAAAUUUUGCCUACCUUUGCCACCUCCAUCAUAAAGUUAGUAGACUGUCUGUAAACCAGCUUUAGGCAUAACUUUUCUCUUUCUUAGCACACAUCAGCUAGCCAGUGGGAGAGCUCUGAUAGUGAGAUGAGUGAAGGAGAACUAGAGAAACGGAGACGUUUGUUGUUGAGACAGCUGCAAGAGAAUGCAUGAUAGGGCUAUACUUUUUUAAUUUUGCCUGAUUUAAAGGGAAUAUUUGCUGUUUAAUAACAUUGGACAGCCUCAGCAUGAAACAGGCUAAAAUUCUCCAUCACUUAAUGUAAAGUACCGGUACAAAGAUAAAUCAUAAAUUUAUCUGACCUCUUGAAGAAUUAGAGAGACCUGAAUAACAUUCUUUAUUAUAAUUUUGCUCACUAUUAAUAUUAAAAUGUUAAAUUUUUUAAAGUUAAAAGGGGACAUUCUAUUAGAAGUUCUUUGUUGAAUAAGUGGUAUAAUUUACAUUUAACCGGUAUUUAAUUAACCAUUAAAAGGAAUUUCCACACAUUUCCUCCUAACUUCAGGAUGUGUUGAAAAAAUAAUUUUCCAACUACAUAGUGGUUCCCUAAUCAUUUAAUUUCAGACGAAUCACAUUCAAAUAACUCUUUAUCCUACUCUGCUCCAACAUAUUUAAUUGAACUUAAAUUUCAAAAUAGACGUAAUGUAAUCCAAGCUCCUUCAUAAUGAAUGUGUUGACCCCAGCUUGAGCAUCACUGAAUCAUUACUCUAGUGUCUAAAAGAUUUAUAAGUGUCACGGUAAAUUUCUGGGAACAAUGAUAUUUAAAGUAAAAGGGAUUUAAAGUGGAAGUAGAAUUAUGCUAGAAUUUGUGUGUGCAUAUUCUCAAAUAAAAAGUAUGGUGCAAUUGUUGAUAGUUUAUACAUGACAUUAAUGAGUUGAAUAUCAGCAUUACUGGGACAUCAGUUUAUAAAAAGGAUUGUUAUUAAUGUGAUUUUAUUGAGUUGCAGGAAACAAUGCUUUACCACCACAAAAAUGGGGGAAGUAUUAAUUUUUUGCUAUUUUUCAAAUUUUUAGAGCAAAAUCAGUAGGGUAUCCGCUUUAACUAAUUUAAUUUAGUGUGGGGCAAACAGACUGAGAGACUGUUGUGUGGCUCAAGUUGCAGGGACCAGUAACGUAUUGCUUAUGUUCACAACAGUGAGCAAGGUUUUUAAAUUUAUGAAAGUUAAUAUUUUGUUCUUAUUAUUAUUUCAGGUGUAAUUUUUAUGCUAGUUUCUUGCAGCAUUUAAAAGUAA